GCUUUGCAUAGCAGACUAUUGUGCUUGUUGGUAUUGUGACUCAGGUCAGGUCUUAAGGAUACGAGAACAUGCAGCAGAUGACAUGUGAACCAGUCAGAGGAACAUCACUGACCAUCCUCAUCAGGAUCCAUUGGAUUUUCUCCAUUCUUCUUACUGCUCUUUGGACACCUUGGACCAUCGGCUCACAGACAGGCCGGUUCCCGAAGCCCAUCAUGGAGGUGGAGCCAAGGAUUGUGUCCUGGACCCAGGCGGCCACUCUGCGCUGUUCUGCUCAGAAAGGGGAUCGAUGUCACUUCUACACCAACGAGAGUCAUGUGCCCUUUAAGACGGUUCAGUUCAAGAGUAUGUCUGGGAUCUGUCAGGCUCAGGUGAUGUGGAAUGAUGUGACCAUGAGUUCUCAUAACGUGGUCCUUGUCAGCUGUGCUGUGGAGGUGAACGUGGAAGGUGCAAUUCAAUUCUCCCCCCGUAGUGAUGGUCAGAUCUUCCAGGUCAUUGACCUGACAAGCGGACUCCGUGUGGAUUCAGAUGUGCGGAAUGUAAUGCUGGAAGAUGUGGCCAGGCUUCGCUGCACAGCCAAGCAAGGGUCACGCUGCCGGUUCAUCGCCGGCGUAGGGGAGGCUGUCCUGGACACAGUGUCAUUCAGACACGGUGUCUGUCAGCUGUCUGUGCCCGGCCGGGAGCUACAGCGGCACAGCCAGGGCGGGACGGGUCCGGUGCCGGUCCGUUGUGUGGUGGAGAUGGAGCUGCAGGAUGGUGCUCUUCUCACCUCUAAGCCGAGUGUGUCCAUCACCAUCGAGGUGCACGGCUUUGAAGAGUAUACAACUCAGUUCACAGCAAGCUUGACAAAUGAUGCAACUGAAGGCAGCACUUUUUCCAGUUCAGCGGGCUUCACAGCACCAGCAUUAACUGUGGAUUCUCCGAAUGGCGUCCACAUGCUGCUCUGGUCAGUGAUUGGGGGUCUCUCUGCACUAUUGCUGAUGGGAGUCCUGACUACGCUCCUCCUCACGCUCAAGCAAAACUUCAGCUGCUGUAAAAGGGAUCCACAGCAAGUCCCUGAUACAGCAGAGGCCUCUGCAGCCGAUUCUAAUUUGACUGGAACUGACCUGCAAAAUUACUGGGGUUCAUCUCCACAGCUGGUGCAGGACCUAGAAAGUGAUGCUUGCUAUGCCUCAGUACUGCAUCCUAAUAGCUCACAUCUCCCAACUUCUGAACAUGUCCACACAAGAGCCAUGGCGACACAAGAUAUCACAGUAUGUUUGUAUGCCACCAUGAAGAAACCAACCCAGAGUACACCUGUAUACAGCACUGUGAAGAAUCAAGGCAGAAUGAAGAGCACAGCAGGAUGUCAGAGAACCUCGACAGCAGAGGUGUAAUGUGAUUGUUAUAGUGACAUUUUGUGUACAGGUCUUCCCCUAUAUGGACACACAGCAGCUCAUUUUUAGCCCAUUUUCG